AUGUUGACACCAGUGUGGCACAGUAGUUGUACAGACUGAUGUUGACACCAGUGUGGCACAGUGACGUACAGACUGAUGUUGACACCAAUGUGGCGCAGUAGUUGUACAGACUGAUGUUGACACCAGUGUGGCACAGUAGUUGUACAGACUGAUGUUGACACCAGUGUGGCACAGUAGUUGUACAGACUGAUGUUGACACCAGUGAGGCACAGUAAUGUACAAACUGAUGUUGACACCAGUGUGGCACAGUGACGUACAGACUGAUGUUGACACCAAUGUGGCGCAGUAGUUGUACAGACUAAUGUUGACACCAGUGUGGCACAGUCGUUGUACAGACUGAUGUUGACACCAGUGUGGCACAGUGCUGUACAAACUGUUGGAAAGUAGUGGCCACAUGUACAAGUACGUAGAAUAUUGUAUUAUUUUGUAAAGUUAAUUCUAACUUAUAAUACUCCCUAAUCUGUUAAUUACAGGCAGGGUUUAAAGGGAUGAAGGCAAGGAAGCAAGUCAGUGAUAUGAAAACAUCAGCACAUGAUGACGCUAACAUGGCACCCUCACAGGAGCCUGCUUCUGCCACUGUAGAGGAGGAAGAGGAGGAGAUAGAUAUAGAUCUUAAUGACCCAGAAGUAGAGAAAGCUGCAACUAAAAUCCAGGCUGGCUUUAAGGGCAUGAAAGCACGCAAAAAUGUGAAGGCUGUUAAGGUUUGUGAUUUUGAAGUGGGAUGUCUUCUGUCUUGACUGGAGAUAUGUGAUUUUGAAGUGGGAUUAUCUUCUGUCUUGAUGUCCUUCCUGUGCCCUUAUGCCAACCCAUUUUUUUCACUAACAGUUAGACUGCAUUUACAUGUACAACGAGUUAAGCCAUGGUUCUACAA